UGCAGUGCACUUUUGCGUUUGCUUCCGAACGGCACGGAGAAAUGUUCCAUUGUUUCCAGAGUUCCACUGUUGGGUCCGGCACCGGAGCGCUGGUACUCGUUCUUCUACAAGGUGUGUGUGUCUGGGGUGAUGAGUCAGAUGAGAGAGUUAGUGCUGUGGUUGGAGGAACAGUGGUGCUGUCGUCUGGAUAUCAGAGGGAAGAUGUCAAAUCUGCUGAAUGGAACUUUAAUAAGUUAAUAAUAGCCGAAUAUGCAGAACCUAACAUUAAGGUUGAUUUUAUUGAACAAUUCAAAGGAAGAUUAGAAAUGAACCCUUACAAUUUCAGUUUAACUGUCAGCAAACUGACAAAAAAAGAUUCAGGACGGUUCUUAUUUACUGGCACAGGAACAACUGGUACGCAGUUGAAGGCGAAAACAUUUCUACUACAAGUCUAUGAUUCCACUCUGACGAUGAAUGUGGUAAAGAAUGUGACCCUGCUCCAGCCGAAUAACACGUGCAUGGUCAGUUUGCUCUGCAAUGCCAGCGGUGGACCUGAUGUGAGUUUCUCAUGGAGUGGGUAUCGCACGGGUAGUGAGGCCAAUCUGCGCUUCCCUCUAUCACCAGCAGAUGGCAGGGUCAUACUUACAUGCACUGCAGUUCGCGACCAAACCACUAAAGAAACAAAAGUGACCCUCAAGUGCGACAACAAGACUUUAAAUGACUCUGGGGAAUCCGAUGUUGUCAAUCCGACUCCUCCCACCCGUGAGCUUUUAGAGAAGUUGUGGUACCCUGUAUUUUGUGGUGAUUCCUGCAGCAUGGUGGUGGUUGGUCCUCAUCAUUCUCAGCACAGUAGUUGGUGUGUGCUGCCACAGGAGACACAAGCCACCGAGCAGGACACUGUGUAUGCUGAUGUUAACCCAGACCAGAAACAAACACCUCGGAGAUCCCUCAGUGGGCCCAAUGAGAUGUCCAUCUAUGAGACUGUGAAUGAAGGAGCAAUUGGGAUUCAGAGCAAUCCACAGACAUUGUAUGACAAGAUAAACUUCACACGGCAAGGAGGAAAGAAAGACAUUUGCACCAGAGCAAUUGGGAAUCAGAGCAAUCCACAGACAUUGUAUGACAAGAUAAACUUCACACGGCAAGGAGGAAAGAGCGACGUUUGCCCCACGCUGUCUUCUCCAUAUCAAGAGGUGUAACUGGAUGAAAGGUUGAUCACAUGCGUCUGUACUCUUUCUUUGUAAUAAGCCUUUUAUGAAUAUGCUCUCAACUGAACCUGUGAAUUUGGCAUUUUUUUAUGUGAACUGUAAAAUUGAAAGUGCAUGUAUAUAUUAGCAAUAUAAAAAGAGGUACAGACUGAUUGCAUGUUGAUGUUGCACAUGUUUUUCUUUGUAGGGGGUGGAUCAGUGUAUUGUCUAUUGUAUUGCUAGCAUGUUUAGAUUUUUUGUAAAUGAAUACAUAUAAUACUGUAUACAUGUGUCCUUUAAACUAUGUGUGUUUUCUUAAAACUAAAACAUAUAAUACA